AUAGGUGUGUGAUGUUGUUCAAGGAACACUUUCAAAAGUUCAAAAAAUCUUCAGGGGUAAAGCUGCCUCAUUUGCAAAAUCAAAAAUGGAGGAAGCUGAUCAUUGGCUGAAAAAAGAGAAAUAUGACCGUGCUUUAGUUUCAGCCAAUCUUGCAGUGGUCAGAGCUCCUACAUCUUCUAAAGGGAAAAAAUUAUCUCUCGAAGAAGGAUCAAUUCUUCCUAUGUCUCUACUGAUUCGGAGUGAAAUUUUGUUUAAGAUGUCAGAAUUUCAACUAUGCUUGAAUGAUUUACAAUCAGGACUUAAAUACUGUCUGUCUGAUAUCCAAAAAGCAACAGUAUAUCUAAGGAUGGGAUUGUGCUACUUAAAACUUGGAGAUAAAAAUAAAUCUAAAAUUUCUUUCACUGUUGCCAUUUCUUGUGGAAAUAAAGAAAUAAAAGAAGAAGGUCAGAAAUAUCUUGAUAAUAUUGAAAAAACUUUAAAUACUUCUGUUAAGCAACUUGAUCCUGAAACAGUUGUGAUAGAUUAUCACGAUGACCUUCCUGGAAUAAGUAAAUCAGUAACAAUGGCUAGUGAAAAAGGAUCUGGUCGCUAUUUUAAAGCAGCAAAACCAAUUGCAAUUGGUGAUAUUGUCUCUUGUGAAGAACCUGUUGUCUCAGCUUUAUUUUUUGAGAAACAUGGAACUCAUUGCUUACAUUGCUAUAGAAGGUUAAAAUCACCAUUACCAUGUCCAAAUUGUUCUGGAGUCGCUUUUUGUUCAGUUAACUGCUUAAACGAUGGUAUGAAGUACCAUAAAUGGGAAUGUCCUUACUUAGAACUGUCUAUUGGUUCAGGAAUGUCUAUACUUUCUUUCCUGUCAUUGAGGAUUAUCACUCAACAGUCAAUAGAUUAUUUUAAACCUAGUCUACAAAACAAUGAACCAAAGAGUUAUGAAAAAGUUUUAAAUUUGAUAGGACACUCAGACAAACGAGAUCCUAAAGACUUUCUGCAUCGUACUCUCAUGGCGUUAUUUCUUCUGCAGGUUUUAAGACAUGGUGGCUAUUUUAACGGAAAAUUUAAUAAAGUUUCAGGUGGAGAGUCCUCAUCAUCCAGUGAAAGUAUCGUGUUAACUGAGGAUGAAUUGGAAAUUGGAACCCUUCUUCUAAAGUUCCUGCAAAUAUUGCAGUAUAAUGCCCAUGAAAUUUAUGAAACAGUCUUUCCAAAGGAUGAUAACAAAACAAAAGCAGUUACCUGUUAUGUGGCUCUUGGGAUCUAUCCAUCAUCAGCCAUUUUUAAUCACGAAUGCCAACCUACACUAGCAAGGUACUUUUCUGGGAAAAAAAUCAUUCUUAGAGCACAACGUCCUAUUGGAGUAGGUCAGUUGGUUUCAGAGAAUUAUGGACCAAUAUUUACUAUAAAAACAAAGGACCAGAGGCAGAAAAUGUUAAAAGGAAGAUAUUUGUUUGAUUGCAAAUGUAUUGCUUGUAAAAAGGACUGGCCUAAGUUAGAAGAUAUGGUUCCUGAAAAAGUUUAUUAUAGGUGUAAAGCUCCAACUUGCUCAGGUAUAAUUACUGAUAACAAUAUGUGUGAUUCAUGUGGAAACAGCAGUUCAUUGGAAGAUGCUAAACUUCUGUAUGGCACUUAUCAGAAAGAUUGGGAGAGAUGUGUGGAGUUGAUAACUAAUGGAAAAUUCAGAGAAGCAGAAAAGAUUGUUGUUGAAUAUGUAGAAGGUAUGUGUAAAUUAGUUGUACAACCAUCUAAAAAUCUGUGUUUAGCAAUGGAAGCGUUAAGAACAAUAUGGGCUAAUACUAAUGGCAAUGUUUCUAUGUUACAAAAUAAAUCAAAACAAGCUGAAACAAAAUGAAGUUUUCUAGAUUAGAUUACUUUCAACUAACUUAACUAAAAUUAUUGUAAACCUUCUCGUCCCCAGUCUUAUAUCAACAAACACAUUUCCAUAACCAAUACCCAGAAACAGAGAAAAACUUUUAGAUUCUUACAUAAACCAUACAACUAAAGGUCCUCCUUCUCUUAAUCCAUCACCAUCUACAACUUCCUUUUUCUUAUACACUUCUUAACAUCUAUUCCCAACUUAACAUUUCAGCCUUAAGCUUAGUUGUUCCUCUAACUUUAUUUCAACGCUCUGUCUAAAAGGAAUGCUUUUAUUAAACAUUAAAAAGGACUCCUUUCAUCCAAUUUGACCGUAGAGAUGCUUCUAUAAAAUGAUAACCUUAUUGUAAAUUGAAACAUUCCCAUUACUCCUUUUUUCUACUUUAUGCUCAACCCAUACUUUAACAUGUUUUUCCACAAAUAUUUAAGAGAAGAAGAAACCUAAAACUGGCUCUACAAUCUAAUUGGCUGAAAAGAGUUCUUUUUUCAUUGAGUUUCAUAGAAGUAUUUCUUUUUGAGGGGACAUUAAAAUUAUAUUUGAGGAAGAACUAUGCAUACCACCCUAAGCUGAUGCAUACCCCAAAAUCAGCC